AUGUAUCGCCAAAUUUGGAUUAACCCAUUGCAUUCCAAAUAUCAGCGCAUUCUAUUCCGAUCUUGCCCGGAAGAGGAAGUUUCUGAUUACCAGUUAAAGACAGUAACAUUUGGCGUCAAUUGCGCUCCUUACUUGGCUCUUAGGACGCUGUUGCAACUGGCUGAUGACGAGGAGCAUCGCUUUCCCAUUGGUUCCAAAAUUCUACGAAACAAUAUGUAUGUAGAUGAUGCGUUGUUAUGGCUAGAUGAGAUUGGAUGGGACGAUCCAUUAAAGCCUCUUACUCUGAUAAACUGGAAGAAUUUUGUCUCUACUUCGUCAGGAAUCGAAGAGAUUAGAAUACCUCGCUGGGUAAAUUACUCUCCAAAUUGCAAUAUUGAAUUGCAUGGUUUCUGUGACUCGUCAGAGUCGGCUUACGCUGCUGCGUUAUAUUUGAGAGUUGAAGUUGGUACUGAUGUCUAUACGAAUUUGCUCGUUGCGAAGUCCAAAGUGGCGCCGUUGAAGAAAUUGUCCUUGCCACGGUUGGAACUCUGUGGGGCCUUUCUCUUAGCAGAGCUAGUCGAUUCCGUUCUGCCUCAGUUGGAUAUUCCAAAAGCCUCUUUGUUCGCUUGGUCGGAUUCGACUAUCGUUUUGUCUUGGCUCAAGAAACCAUCUUACUCUUGGACGACGUUUGUGGCAAAUAGGGUGUCUAUUAUUCAGGAGAAGGUAGGGAGCGACUGGUAUCAUGUCCCUACAGAUGAGAAUCCGGCAGAUUUAGCAACCCGGGGGCGGACUCCUUUAGAGCUAAAGGAGUGUGGUUUAUGGUGGCAUGGACCAAGCUGGCUCAAAUCGCCGAGAAGUGAAUGGCCCUCAGGCGCGGUUAUAUCCGAAACAACCCUUGAAGCUAAACCUGUAAAAGUUCAUCUUGCUCGAUCUGCCGUAGAAGAAGAUAUAUUGGAAAGGUUUUCUCGUCUCUCCACUGCAACUCAUGUCAUAGCGUACAUAUUUCGGUUUGUCCAAAGGACACAUCCAAAAACCAAGAAAACCGUUUGUUUUGAUAGCAUUAAAUUAACCGCAGAUGAAAUUGGCUUUGCUCGUCGCCGUUUGAUGUCUCUUUCUCAAAGAAUCUACUUUCCUUCGGAGUAUGAUUGCCUCCAUAAAAAUCGAAAACUUGAUUCUGGUAGCCCUCUUUUGUCGCUAAAUCCCUUUCUCGACAAGGAUGGUCUUAUUCGAGCUAAUGGACGUUUGAGUUCUACCCUUUCUCUACCGUACGAUGAACGGUACCCGAUUAUUCUUGCCCCAAAGAGCAGAUUUGCUGCACUGUACGUGGAUCAUGUUCACCGUAUGACCAACCAUGGUGGCAUUCAGCUGACUCUGGCUACAACGCGCCUCGAAUGUUGGAUCAUACGAGGCCGAAACUUAGUAAAAACCCACUAUCGACAUUGCACGAAGUGCGUUCUGGCUCAGAAGAAACGACAAACGCAGCUGAUGGCUGCUCUUCCUCCCGAGAGGACUACCUUUACCCGGCCGUUUUCCACAUCAGGGGUCGAUUUCGCUGGCCCUAUUGAAAUUAAGAACUUUAGUGGCAGAGGUUGCCGCAUUUCCAAGGGUUACAUUUGCUUGUUUGUGUGCUUCGCCACCAAGGCGAUACACUUAGAACCUGUCAGUGAUCUCUCCACCCCUGCCUUUAUUGCCGCUCUGUCCCGAUUCGUUGCCCGGCGUGGAUGCCCUCGUCAUAUUUACUCGGACAACGGUAAGAAUUUCGUGGGUGCAGACCGUGAAAUUCGUUCUAAUUUGAUGAAGAUUGUCGCAGAGGCGAAGGACGACUCCCUUACUCGUUACGGCUUCCAGAAAUUGGAGUGGCAUUUUAACCCCGCCGCAGCUCCACAUAUGGCAUUCAAACAUUCUGUCAAUAACCCACUUCCCAUUAAGGAUGGCGUUAGCAAUUCCAUUCACAAUGAGGUUAAAGGAAAUGCAAAACAGACGGAUGAAUGGCAUAGCCGUCGAAACUAUAAUAACAACAACAGCAGCAACAAAAACACAAGAAGAGGUAGCAGCACCAACACAUCUAAGGAAAAACACAUUCGACGACAACUAGAACUAGAACAUGAACCCUGUGACUGA